AUGCGGCGGACGUGGCCCGCGCGCUGCGCCGCCAAGGCCUCGCCAGCCGCGGUGGGAAUGGAGCGGCGUUUGCGUUCGCGUGACAUGACGCUACGCGUGGCCACGAAGAAUGGCAAGCUGCGUCUCGCGUAUGCAUCAACGUUGGGUCUCCUCCGCGAAACUAUCCGGCGACAUCGGCUGGCCACACACACACAUGGUCAUCGUCCAUUUUUGGAGCUACUUGGAACGCAUUUGUCAUUCACCAACCUGCUGGCGGUGCUGCAGGAGGGAGAGGAGCGCGUGUCCUCGCGCUUCACGGCGGAUGAGGCGACUAUUGUCACUGAGGCCCUGGCACUUGGGGAGUGCCGAUGCUACGUACGUGGCGAGAACAACGACAGUGCGCAGUGGCCGCCAUUCUCGCUCAAAGUAGAGCGGGCCCUAUACGGGCGGCGGGCUCCCUUCACUUCCAUGACAGCAGCGCGUUUGGAUCUGAUCUUCCCCGUCGAGGAGGUGGGGGAACUAAGUGACGCUGAUGCGAUGUCAUGGUUGCGUAUUGGGCUGGGCAACAUGCCUCGUGAAAAGUUGCUGGAGUACUUUCGGCAUAACAUCUCAUUGCAUGGCUACAAUUUUUUUCGUCAAUCCGAGGGGUCAACCUCGACGCUUUGGUGUCGUGCGCAUCUGGACGCCCCAUCCAUUCAACAGGCUCUUGCGUCGUGUGUGGAAACAGCCACCACGCACGCUGCUGACAGUAGUUUUGUCGAGGCGGAAACCAAACUCGAGGCCGCCUUGGAACGCGCGGGACUCUCGUACGGGCUUCUUCUUCAGCCGAUGGUCUCAGGAGGGGCGGUGGAGCGGGACGUUCAGCGGCUGCAGCAGGCUGUUUUUGGCGCUUCUAUUGCUACCCCAGAGGUGUUCUGCGAGCUUAACCACCGGGCGGUAGAGAAGGGGCUAGCGUGCCAAGACAGCCUUGCGCUCUUCUCUGGGGACCACGAGGGGGCGUAUGCAGUGGCGACGGCCGCGCGACAGUACACGCAGGAUCCCGAUUUAGCAGCGCCAACGAUUGAAACGUUACGACGCAAACUUGGGAUAAAUGACUUUCGAGUGCCGCUUGACCCCGCGGCAGUAGUGCGUAACGGAGUUGAUUACUUUUGUCGCUGCUCGAAAGAAAAUUUUCUGCGGUCCGUGAUGACGCUUCCAAGGGAAGAGCUGCAGCGCCUCGUGCAUGAGACAAGCUUUCGCUGCACCUUCUGUGCAAAGGAGCAUUCACUGCAGCCGGAGGAUUGGCAGAGGGCCUUGCAAGGCCGCGUUGAAUGA